UUUCACUUUUUUGAGAUUCCAUUAUUAGCUCUCUUUUCUUCUAUUUUGAUUCUUCAAGUUCUUCCAAAUGUGCUCAAUUGGAUCAAUUUGGUGCCUGCGUAAAUGCAAUUGUGGAGGGCUCAGGGCUACCAUGGAUUUGGGUGGUAGAUUUGGUGGUUGUAUUAUUAGGGGUUGCCAUCGUUUUGGAUGGGUAGAUUUGGUGCUCGUGUUGUUCGGGGCAGCAAAUGUCGGGGCGGUCAACGAAUAAACAUGUGGUUCUGUAUAAGCUUUUUGACAUGGAUGCCGGAUGGGAGAAACAACUAUUCCAUAAGAAAUUGGAUAUGUCUUCGCUAUUGUUUGCUCGGGAGAAUGAAAAUUCAUGUCAUUGUAUUUGUCAUGAAAUAUGGGUGAGCUGCCAUGUGAGUCCUCCUCUGUUGACAUUGCCAUAUCUAUCAGUGGUUCACUUGAAUUUCCUGGUGAUCAGUUCUUUGGCGAAAUUUCAAGAGUUCUGAAGCCUGGUGGAACAAUUCUUCUUUACAAGAAUUUCAAUUCUGAUAAAGGGCAUGCCGAUAAGGCAAUCUCGGCUAUUGAGCGCAAGUUAAUGUUUGCCGGAUUUCUAGAAGCAUGUCGUCUUGAACUAAAAUCAGAUGUUGCAACUGAAGAUGUUCACUUUUUUGGGGUGAAGGGUAAGAAGCCUUCCUGGAAACUUAGGUCUUCCUUUGCUUUGAAGAAGGCCCCUAAAAGUUUAUUGAAAGUAAAGUUGGAUGAUGAUUGUGAUGUGAUUGAUGAAGAUUCUCUCUUAACUGAAGAGGACUUGAAGAAACCAAAGUUAUCACCUGUUGGUGAUUGUGAAGUUGGAAGCACAAGGAAAGCUUGCAAAAACUGCACUUGUGGAAGGGCUGAGGCAGAGGAGAAAGUACAGAAGUUAGGACUGACCAUGAAUCAGCUGAACAAUCCUCAAUCAGCAUGUGGAAGUUGUGGAUUAGGGGAUGCUUUUAGAUGCAACACAUGCCCUUACAAGGGUCUUCCACCAUUCAAACUGGGAGAGAAGGUAUCACUCUCUAACAACUUUCUUGCGGCAGACAUUUAAAUAUGAAGUUGCAGGUAGUGUUUUGCAUCUUGUGCAUCUGGGUUACGCGUCCUUAAAAAUAGGCAAAGCUAAUGUAAUGUAGUAAUUUUGAGUUUUUUUUUUUUUUUUUUUUUUUAAUUAUUGCAGUUGUAGCAAGUUCGUUCUCUGUCAGCAUCAAAUUCUAGUAUGUGUCUUGUUUGCUGUUUGAUUGUAGCUUUCAACAUAAAAAUAUUAGUCGAAGUAGAUUUUUUUUUAUUUUUUUA